ACCCCCUGAUUUUCAGAAAAGUACUCCCGGCAGAGCCUUCUCGGCUGUUCGUCUCGUUUCCGACUUCCUCGAUCUCAUUCGCUCAUCAGCGGUUUCAUAUACAUCGCUUCCCGUCUCAAUCCUUCCUUAUCAUCUACAUCUCUUCUCCUGCGUCAGAAACCGAGCUCCAAUGGCGCCCGUUGAUCCUCAUUCCUUCACCGAUUCCUCCCACCCUUUCGCCACCCAUGUCUCCCUCUCUAUGUACUUUGAUUUCGCCUCUUCCACCAUUCACGCUUCCUCUCUGCUUACCCUCCCAACCCCUUACUCGGGCCCCAUCUCCCUCGACGUCCGUUCGCUCUCUAUCAUCUCUGUCGUUGACCCGCAAACCCUAACCCCUCUCCCAUUCUCGCUCUCUACCGUCCCAGAACCGAUCAAAGGCCAACACCUCACCGUCUCCCUCUCCAACCAUUCGUCAUUCCUUGUUGCAUUCUCGACAAGCCCGUCUUCAUCCGCUCUUCAAUGGCUAUCGCCGCCUCAGACCUUCAAAAAGACCUUCCCCUUUGUGUACACUCAGUGCCAAGCGAUCCACGCUCGUUCCGUGUUCCCAUGUCAGGAUACUCCGGCCGCACGCCUUCGUUACUCGGCCCGCCUCAAUGUACCCCGUCAAUUGUCGGCCGUGAUGGCAGCACGGCACAUCGAACGCCGGUCACCGGUGUCCGGCGAGGCUGCAAUGGCAUGUGAUGAUGCAUUGUGGUGUGCUGACGGUAGGGUGGUGGAGGAAUUUGUGAUGGAGCAGCCUGUGCCGCCAUAUUUGUUUGCCUUCGCGGUGGGGGAGAUUGGAUUCAGGGAGGUUGGGCCUAGGACGAGGGUUUACUCUGAGUCGGUUCCAGGACUUCUGGAUGCUGCGGAAAGGGAGUUCGCGGGGACCGAGGAGAUGAUUAGGCAGGGAGAGCGACUGUUUGGGCCUUACGAGUGGGAGAGGUUCGACUUGCUUGUGUUGCCACCGAGCUUUCCCUAUGGUGGUAUGGAGAAUCCGAAGAUGGUUUUCUUGACACCGACUGUGAUUAAGGGUGAUGCUAGUGGCGCACAAGUGGUAGCCCAUGAGCUUGCUCAUAGCUGGACUGGGAAUCUGAUCACUAACAAAACUAACGAGGAUUUCUGGUUGAAUGAGGGUUUCACAACAUAUGCGGAACGGAGAAUCGUUGAAGUCGUACAGGGAGAGGAGAGAGCUGCUUUGAGUAUUGGAAUUGGCUGGAGGGGUUUAAAUGAAGAAAUGGAGAGGUUCAAGGAUAACAUGGAGUUUACAAAGCUAAAAACCAAACAGGAAGGGGUGGAUCCAGAUGAUAUCUACUCCAGAGUUCCAUACGAGAAAGGUUUCCAGUUUCUUUGGCGCAUUGAACGUCAGAUUGGGCGGCCUGCAUUUGAUGAAUUCAUUAAGAAAUAUAUUGCCACAUUUAAGUUCCAGUCGAUUGAUACCGAAACAUUUCUCAAUUUCCUGAAAGCAAAUAUUCCUGGAAUAGAGACACAGAUAGAUUUGGUUCUUUGGACUGAGGGUACAAGUAUCCCUUCAGAUGCCUUUGAGCCUGUCUCCAACAUCUAUAUUAAGAUUGUAUCACUGGCAAAGGAGUUUAAACUUGGGAGGAUGCCAAGAGAGGAUGAAGUUGCAGAUUGGCAAGGGCAGGAAUGGGAACUUUAUUUGGAGAAUUUGCCCAAGUCUGUUGAAGCUUCACAGGUUGUGUCAUUGGAUGCACGCUACAGCUUGGCAGAAUCAAAGGAUUAUGAGGUGAAGGUGGCAUUUCUCCAACUGGCCAUUUCGUCUGGCUGCAGAGAAUACUAUAGUGAAGUGGAGAAAACUUUGAAGGAAGUUGGGAGGAUGAAGUACCUUCGCCCCCUAUAUACUGCACUGGUACAAGGCAGUGGAAAGGAAGAAGAAAAGAUAUUGGCUAAAAGAGUUUUUGCAGAGGCUCGUGAUUGUUAUCAUCCCAUAGCUCAAGGUGUUGUCGAGUCCAUCCUUUCCAAGCAUCUGUAGCUUGAUAUACAAAUAUACUUUAAUCAUACUAAUGAAUCUAAAUCUAAUUUUCUGUUUUUUUGUGAAUCUUGCCUUUUCUGAUACUAUCUUGUUAGAAAGAAUAUUAAUGUUUACUACUAAUUUUUUUGCUUCCCCUAUUA